AUGAUGAUGAGUCGAUGCGACGCCGAGGAAGAUCCAUCACAAACGAAGAAACGGAAGCUGUGUCCGAGUAGUGGGCUGCCGGAAGAGAUGGUUCUAAGUUGCUUGGCCCGCGUUUCGAGAUCGGAACAAGCUUCCUUAUCUCUCGUAUCCAAGCGGCACCGAUCUCUAUUGACGACCCCUGAGUUGUACAAAUUCCGAACCCUUUUGGGAUGCACAGAAAACCUCAUUCAUCUAUGCUUACACAUCCCUCCAGAUCCAAACCCACGCUGGUUCACCCUCUCCCUAAAACCCCUUGAUCGGCGGCUGGUCCCAGUGCGGUCUUACUUCUACCAGCCUCUGGACGCAGCUUCCAUGGUGGCCCAUGGUUGCGGGAUCUACGUCAUGGGUGGAAGGAUAGGCGGAAGAGCCUCGUCCAGUGUCAUGUUCCUGGAUUGUCGAUUUCACACGUGGAGCACUCUCCCCUCCAUGGGGGUGCCUCGAUAUUCAGCUGCGUCUGGUGUGGUGGACGGGAAGAUAUACAUACUUGGAGGGUGUGAUGACCGUGACUCCAGCAGGUGGGGAGAGGUUUUCGACCCAAAGAAGCAGACUUGGGAUGCCCUGCCGAUUCCCCCGCCUAAUUGUAGUCGUCCCUCAAUGUGGGAAAGCAUAGUGAUAAAAGAGGACAAGGAAAAGUUGGUUGGGGCAUGUGUAUCCUACAUACCAAGUGAAAGCAAAUGGAAAAAAGGGAAUAAGAAAACCUCCCAAGUUUAUAAGGGUUGGCACGUGAUAGAUAAUAUCGUGUACUGCAGUGCCUUAGGUGGGCGGAUAUUGUGGUGUGAGGCACAUGAAUGGGAGAGGCCCGUAACCACCCAUGUGAUGGAGUGGAGAGAGGUGAUGGGCUUGGAGUCUCUCAGGGAAACUCUCGCUGCCUCCAAGCUUGGGGGAUCUCUGGGAGUCCAACAAACCGCUGAUGCUAGCUGCAGGAUUUGA